AUAGUGAUCUAUACAAAAUUAAAAUCCCAGCGAGCAAAGUGUGAGUAGGUCAUGUUUCCAUCUGUACUUGGAAACGGCUUGUAGAUUGACCAAAAUCUCUCUUCUCCCCCGAUCGUCCCUAUCCUUCUUACGCUGAAACACAGCCAUGGCGUUUCCCUACCUGGAAGCCGUAGUCGGAUUCAUGAUAUUCAUGUACAUCUUCGAGACUUAUCUAGAUGUGCGACAACAUGUAGCUCUCAAGCUGCCAACCCUUCCCAAAACUUUGGAAGGGGUAAUCAGUGAGGAAAAGUUCAAAAAAUCUAGAGCUUAUAGUCUUGAUAAAAGUAACUUCCACUUCCUUCAUGGGUUUGUAACAAUACUGAUGGACUCUGCUAUUUUGCUGUAUGGUGUAUUACCUUGGUUCUGGAAGAAAUCAGGUGAUACUUUGGAAUCAAUUGGCUUUGAUUCAGAGAAUGAAAUAUAUCAUACACUUGCAUUCUUAACUGGUGUUAUGAUUUGGUCUCAGUUGACAGACUUACCAUUUUCUCUUUACUCGACUUUUGUAAUUGAAGAGCGACAUGGUUUUAACAAGCAAACAAUCUUGCUUUUCUUUCGUGACAUGAUUAAAGGCAUGUUCUUGGCUGUAGUUAUUGGACCACCCGUUGUGGCUGCCAUCAUUUUAAUAGUACAGAAAGGUGGACCCUACUUGGCUAUCUAUCUUUGGGGGUUUAUGUUUGUGUUAUCUCUUGUCAUGAUGACAAUCUACCCUGUUCUAAUUGCACCCCUUUUCAACAAGUUCACACCCCUGCCAGAUGGCACGCUCAGGUCAAAAAUUGAGAAUCUUGCUUCCUCUCUCAGCUUCCCUUUAAAGAAGCUGUUUGUUGUGGAUGGAUCUACAAGGUCAAGCCAUAGCAAUGCAUACAUGUAUGGUUUCUUUAAGAACAAGCGCAUUGUUCUUUAUGAUACUUUAAUUCAGCAGUGCAAAAAUGAGGAAGAAGUUGUUGCUGUGAUUGCUCAUGAACUUGGUCACUGGAAACUGAAUCACACAAUGUACUCCUUUAUUGCUGUUCAGGUUCUUACACUUUUGCAAUUUGGAGGUUAUACACUUGUAAAGAACUCAAAGGAUCUAUUCCUAAGUUUUGGAUUUGAUACACAACCAGUUCUCAUUGGACUCAUAUUAUUCCAGCAUACUAUACAACCUAUCCAGCAUCUUGUAAGCUUUGGCCUCAAUCUUGUCAGCCGUGCUUUUGAGUUUCAGGCUGAUGCUUUUGCAAAGAAGCUUGGCUAUUCUAAACCACUUAGAGAUGGACUAGUUAAGCUGCAGGAGGAGAACUUGUCAGCGAUGAACACGGAUCCAUGGUACUCUGCUUACCACUAUUCUCAUCCUCCACUGGUUGAAAGGUUAGCUGCCAUAGAUGAAGCUGACAAGAAGGCAGAUUAAGAAGAUGACACACAAAAACAUAGUAAGUUUCAACUUUGAAUCUACAGUUUAGAUUACAUAGAUUCUGUAGUGUGACCAUUUUACCCUUUGAAAAAGCAAUAUACUUGUGAACGAGAAUUAGAAACCUGGAAAUUGUUGUUCUUGGGUCAACUGAGGAAGAGUUAAAGGGUAAGAAAUAUCAUGUAGAUUGUCAUGAUUUUUUAUGGUUUUUGAGUUUUGGGGUUU